GAUGUGCGCUGUAGCUUAUUGGCGGUGGACGUACAAUGGUAAUGUGUUUGUUGCAUUUAUAGCAAGUAAAUGUCGAGUUGCGCCGGUAAAACCACUGACUGUGCCGCGACUAGAGUUGCAAGCAGCGCUUCUAGCGGCGAGACUCGCCGACACCAUUGUUAAGGAGCAUAAGUUGAGCGUGUUACAGCGAUUCUUUUGGAGUGACUCGACCACGGUUUUGCACUGGAUUAAUAAUGACGCGAGAAAUUAUAAAACAUUUGUAGCAAACCGGUUGGGCGAGAUUGAUGAGGUCACUAGUAGUAAGGAAUGGCGAUACGUGCCUACUGAAUUAAAUGUUGCGGAUAUAGCUACACGCGAAACCUACGACGACGCCAUUUUUAAGAGUGUAUGGUUGGGGGGCCCUACGUUUCUGCGUGACGAUGAGUCAUCGUGGCCGCGUCACGUCGUUCGUCCUGUCACUGAUGUCGAGACAACUGAAUGUGUUAACCUGGUAACAAAUGUGGUUACUACGGACAUCCCUAGUGUCGAGCCUACUCCCGAUCCGGAACGGUUUUCUUCGUGGCUGCGGUUGCUCAAAAGUACAGCCGCUGUUAUUAGAUUUAUAUGUAAGUGCAGGAAACGUACCGAUGACGAUUGCGAAUUAAUGGAACAGGCUAAACGUUUGCUGUUCUGGCGGGUACAGAGCGAGGCCUUCGGCACGGAAGUGAGCGCAAUUAGAGAAGGUAAAUGUUUGCCCCGCAACAGUCGUAUUCUCAACUUGUCACCUUAUUUGGACGAGCACGGCGUCCUUCGUUGCGGCGGACGCAUUGGUGCAGCACUUGAUGUCUCUUCCGAGACAAAAAACCCGAGUAUCCUCGACGGGCGACAUCGAGUGACGCGAUUGUUGGUAAGACAUUUCCACAUAAAAGCUGCUCACGGAAACCAGGAGACAGUGGUAAAUAACCUAAAGCAAAGGUACUGGAUCAUUAAAAUGAGACCCACUGUUAAACAUGUAGCUGCCGGAUGUAUGAUCUGCAGAAUAAGGAAGGCGAAACCGGAAGUGCCAGUGAUGGGCGAUUUACCUCCCGCUAGAGUGGCGCAUCACCAGCGAGCUUUCACACACUGCGGUGUGGACCUAUUUGGACCGAUGGAGGUGGUGGUAGAGAGGAGAAGGGAGAAACGGUACGGUGUCAUAUUUACAUGCCUUACAGUUCGGGCUAUACACCUGGAGAUCGUGCAUUCCGUCACUACUGACUCACUAAUUAUGGCCCUCCGGCGUAUGGCUGCCCGCCGAGGGUGGCCACGCUGCCUUUACUCCGAUAACGGAACUAACCUACGUGGCGCUGAUGCGGAGCUACUGAAGUCAAUCCAGGAACUUGACGACGAGACCCUGAAGAACGAGGCUGCUAACAAUGGGACACAAUGGUCUUUUAUCCCACCGGCGAGCCCCCAUUGGGGGGGGGGGGGGCGUGGGAGCGUUUAAUACGUAGCGUUAAGGUAUCUCUAGGGGCUAUACUCAAAGAGCGUGUCCCCAAAGAUGAAGUUCUCGCCACCUUUAUGACUGAAGUCGAGAAUAUAGUCAACAGCCGCCCCCUUACUCAUGUGUCUGUAGAACCUGGUAGCGACGAGUCGUUGACGCCAAACCAUUUUCUGCUGGGUAAGAGCUCCAACUUACCUGCUGCAGGUGUCUUUGAUGACUCUGACCUGUACCUACGAAAACAGUGGCGAAAGAGUCAACGCUUAGCUGAUAUGUAUUGGCGCAGUUGGGUAACAGAGUACCUACCGGAGCUGAUACCUAGAAGGAAGUGGAAUGAGGAGCGCGAACCGCUAAAGGUAGGUGAUCUCGUGCUGGUCGUGGACCCUGGAGCGCCACGCAACGUGUGGCAGAGGGUGAUCGUGGAACAGGUGUUUCCAGGCAAGGACGGCCGGGUCAGGUUGGUUGAAAUCAGAACCAAAUCAGGGACGCUGAGACGUUCAGCGGCGCGCGUCGCUAGAAUUCCUUUGCCUGAGUAGUGCUGAGCCAGCACUGGGGUGGGGUGUGUUAGCGACGUGCUCAAAAAUCGUUAUAUAAAUUUGUAUUAGCUUAAGGUGGCGGGUAUGACGGCCCAAUCAUCUCAUAUGUUUUAAAUAUUAUGUUAAAUUUUAAGGUAGAAAUCGAACGGUGACGCAGUCAGUCAGCCUUUACUAUCGCUCGCGACACACGUACCUUCGCUCUCUCUCAUAUGCUUUGUUCGUGUACCUACGUUGUGUAAUUUAAAAUAAACGGUUUUAACGAAUUUUUGGUUUUCGAGUUUCCUACCAUUUUUAACGCGCCAGUGCACCCUUUACAAUUACUUUACACUGGCAAAAGUACAAUUGUACAAGUCCGUUACCAAAAAUAAACAAAAAUUUGACAUUAUUUGACAUUGAGAAUGGAGAUUGACAAUUUGAAAAUUGACAUUUGACAUAAAUACAAAACAAAACAGUACAACUGGUACAUAUUUGAUACAAAUUAAUAACAUUGAAAAAAGCUUAAAUCAUUAAAGAAUUGAAUUGAAAUAUUUGAUAAAAAGUAUCAAUGAAGAGAACUAGAAAUGAUGCAGUUAAAGCUGCUGUUACUUCCUACUUAGAGCGACGAAAUUAUCCCGUAAGUACAGAAUUGUCGAAAAUAAGGUAAAGUCUAAUAAAUAGAAAAGACCACUUCCAUAAAAUAAAAAUAUUGCAGGAUAUUGAAAUAUUUAGUAACAAUAAUUCCACUAGUCGCAGUGCUGAAGAAAUGGCUGUAGCUACUAUUGUCCAAUGUGAAGCAAGUCGUGCAAAUUCCAUUCUUUUUUCAUGCAUCAACAACGACCCUGGGCAAUAUGAUGUUCAAUACACGAGAUUGUUUAAUUUCAUAAAAGAAAUUAAAUUGGAAAGGGUAAAAAAUGAGCUACUUGGGUUAUUAACGCCAUUAUUAUGCCAUCUUUACUUGGAAAUGCUUCGCGGUGGACAUGGCGGUGCAGCACAAAUGUUUCUCAAAAGGCAUUCAGCCACUUUACCACAAAAAGAUUUAUCUUAUCAUCAACCGAUUGAUGGUAAUUUACCAUCAGCAUUAUACAGACCUAACAGCUUAGAACAACUUUUUAAUUCCCUACAAAAUGGAACAAUAGAUAAUGAAACUCCAGAAAAAGAUUAUAUGAAUCAGUUAUUGGAUGAUAUUGGCACAAUAUACACUCUGCAAGAAAUAGAAUCAAGGCCGUCAAUUGCUGCCUUCAGGUCUUGUAAAUAUGAUAUUUACUUAUCACAAGACUCCUUAAAUACAUUAAAAGCUUAUUUAGCCAAACAUGGACAUGUAUUAUUAAUUCAAGUUCUACAAACAUGGUUUCACAUUGAUAUUAAUAAUGACUCAAAUAAAAAAAAUGCUGAGGAUGAUGAAGAGCAAAAUGAAGAUGUAAAUGCACCAGUAACAAACAGUGAUGAAAAGGCAUCAGACAAAAAUGACAUAUUUUCAAAAUGCAAUGGCCAUGCUGAAUAUCUAAAUGUUGAUAAGGAAUUAAGAGAACUCCAAGAAGCAAUUAAAGGAGUUCGUGAAUCUAUGGCACCACUUAAAUUAUAUAAAAUAGUUGCUCCUGAUACACACCUCGUAUGUGCUAAAACAGACAUUAACUGUAAUGUGCUAUGUGGAGGAUUUAGUAAUUCAGAAAUAAGACUUUGGGACCUCGGACAGAAUAACGUAAAACGAAAAAUCAACCGUAAUAUCUCCGAAAUAGAAAUAGCAUGCUAUGUACCACCUGAACCGGAAACACCUGCAGAUACUUACUUUCAAAUAGGUACUGGGCUGCCGCUACGAGGUCACUCAGGUCCUGUGCAAGCAGUCAGCAUUUUAUCACGAGAACAACUUGUAUUGUCUGCCUCUCAUGAUAAUACUAUGAGAGCUUGGAGGCUAUCGGAUUAUUCAUGUGCCUCCGUAUACAGAGGUCAUAAUUACCCAAUUUGGUGUAUGGAUGUUUCCAAAAACGGUCUAUUUAUUGUGACUGGUUCGCAUGAUAAAACCGCCAAAUUAUGGUCCCUUGAUAGAACAUUCCCAAUUCGAGUCUUUGUGGGGCACAUGUCUGAUGUCACGUGCGUGAAGUUCCACCCGAACGAGGCGUACAUAGCGACGGGCGGCGCGGACCGCAGCGUGCGGCUGUGGGGCGUGUGCGACGCGCGGCUCGUGCGCGUGCUGUGCGGCCAUCGCGCUGCCGUCAGAGCGCUCGCCUUCGCGCCCUCCGGCUCAUACCUCGCCAGUGCCGGUGAUGACAAGAAGAUUAAAGUUUGGGACCUAGCUGCUUGUACAUGCAUACAUGAACACCGUGGACAUCAUGGUAAAAUAACAGCAUUGGACUGGUCUGCAGUGGGGAAGGCGAGCCUCACAAAUAGAGUUGUGUUAGACCCUAAUGACAUGUCAGUGGAUAAUUCACUGUUAUGCUCAGCUGGUAUGGAUGGUGUUGUGAAGAUUGCAUGGGACAGCCAUUCAAAAAAUAAGCAAGUCACCAGUCAAGACAUGAUUACAUCUACCUACAAUACAAAGUGUUCCUAUUUAGUUGAUAUACAAGUACAUCCAGACUGGCUAGUUGCCAUUGGAACAAAUAGAUAAAAUACUACAGUGUAUUAACAAUUAUUUUAUUAAAAUUAUGAAACCAAAAUAAUUUGCAGUACAUUAUUUUUUGUUCUGAUAUGAAUAAAGUGUAACAUGUCCAUGAUUUCAUAAAGUAAAUUCAUCAGUUUACAGAUUUAUUAAAGAAGUUCAUAAUU